ACACUCAUCAUAUGUGGAGCCUUCAGUCAUGAGCUACGAAGCUCCUCUCCCUGAAGAGCUGCCUGAAUCUGAGGCUGAAGGCCUCGACUCUCCUCUCUCGUCGCUUGAAUGUCCAGAGCGGUGUGAGGAGCCUGAAGAGAGCCUGUCGAUGUUCUGUUUGGAUGAUCUGGAGCCCUUGUGUCAACAAUGUGCAGCUGUGAACCAUGCAGGACACAGAGUUUACCUUUUAACUGAGGCUGCAGAUGACUGUAAGGAGGAGCUCAGAACAUCUCUAACUGAAAUGAAAAAGAAGGUGAUUGACUUCAAGAAAGUCCCACAGACCUAUAAACACACGUCCAAGUAUAACCAGGCCCAGGCCAAAGUCACAGAGGAGCACAUGAAGAAAGAAUUUGAGCAGCUUCACCAGUUUCUCAGACAGGAGGAAGCAGCCAGACUGCUGGCACUGAAGGAGGAAAAAGAGGAGAAGACGUUGGGUCUUGAACAAAGGAUGGACAAAAUGAGUCGGGUGAUAAAAUCUCUGGACGAGAGGAUCCAGCUGAUUGAAGAGGAACUGGAAGCAGGAGGCGACGGAGUUGAAUUUUUACAGCACUACCAAAACGAGAUGAAUAGCAUAGAUCAAAAGAAGCCAGAGAUUGUUUGCAGACCUCUAAUAGAUGUGGCGAAGCACUUGGGUAACCUCCAGUAUGAUGUGUGGAACAAGAUGGAACAUGUCGCCCCCUACAUUCCAGUGACCCUGGACCCCAGAACAGCUGGCCAGUCUGUGAGGCUGUCUGCUGGGCUUAACAGCGUCCACAUCAGCCCUGGACCCUCAAAGGCGUUGAAACGUUAUAUGGGUGAAGCUGUGGCCGUCCCUGCCAACCCUGAACGUUUCCACCCUUAUUCCUGCAUUCUGGCUAGAGAGGGCUUUAACGCAGGCGUGCACUGGUGGGAUGUUGAGGUUGGUGGUUGUGACAAUUGGACCCUGGGUGUAGCUGCUGAGUCGGUAUCCAGAAGGGCAGAGUUUGAAGCCUGUCCAGAGGCGGGACUCUGGUGCAUCAGCCUGAGAGACGGAAAAUACCAAGCUCUGACCACUCCGUCUAAGGCCAUCCCCCUUGCGCAUCACCUGAACAGGGUCCACGUGAGGCUGAACUGGGACGGAGGGCUUCUAGAAUUCACCAACCCUGACACUAACGCACAUCUUUUCACGUUCAAACAUUGCUUUGCUGAAACGGUGUACCCGUACUUUGAGAGUAUAUCCGCAGGGGGUAGUCUUGCUUUGUUGACACAAAGGGUGAACAUCAGCGUGGGGUCAGAUUGCGUCCCCGUUGAAGACAUUGCUAUCGUCAGAGAGGAUGAGGGGGAGGGGAUGAAAAAUGAAUCUACUGCUGAGAAAGAGAUGAUCACUAACGGCAAAGUGGACACUGGACAUCUGACCGAAGAAAAUAAAUCAGUAGUUUGUUCUGUGAGACAGGAGAAGACAACAAAAACUACUAAGAAGGAAAAUAAAUCAAAAAAUAAAACUGCUGUUAAAAAACAAAGCAGUAAGAGCAGGUUCAAUGUGAGCUAUCAUGUUUCACUGAACAAAGCCCUAAACAGCAUCAACAAUGAGCAUGCCAGCCACAAACAAACCUAGAUAAACCAUUUUAACAAUAGGAAUUUCUAUCUUUGUGAAUAAUAACCAGUAUCUGCAAAAAACUUAAAUGCAAUAUUCACAGUAAAUACCCUUUUUUUACACUCACGCUAGUAUUAUUCUUGGUUUUUAACCCUGCAGCAUGGCUCCAGGGUUUGCAGUUUUGCUCUGUUUUUGCACCAUUUUAAGUCAGACCAUUGGAGAUGGAUUGCCUUUUAAUUAGAUGCAUCCAUGGUGCUCAAACACUGCACUCUCUGAUGUUUUCCUCUAGUGUCAACAUGAGGUUAACAUUUGUGGUUUUUAAUGAAAUGUCACUGCUUUUAGAUGUUCUGCCAUGAAAUUUACAGGCAUGUUCCAGUCUGUAAUUAAUAAAACGAUUCUUUGACUUGUAAGUUAGCGGCAUUAUCAAAUGAAAAUCAGAAUGUUGUUAAAA